UCACUGUCAAAAUAUGUUAUGUCACAAUAGCAAAAGAGCGAAUGUUUUAAUUUUCAAACAAGAAAUAUACUUAACUAAAGAAAUUUAAAAAAAAAAAACAAGCGGGCUAGUAAAAAAUGUUUAAGUUCUUUAAGUAUACACUUAGUACAGUGUCAGGAUUUACGCGAAACAAUAGUAGUAGCGUAGCAGCAAGUCCAAAUAGCUUAAUAUAUUGCAGCAAUGUUGUGAAGCAGCACGACUAUGAAAACUUUUUGGCAACUUUGCUUAUGACAAAAGCUAUUCGAACUCCUGCAUUAGUCGUAAGAGCAUUUAACGUUGAAGUGGCGAGGGUUCAGGAUCAAACGAGCGAUCCGCAGACGGCAGCUUUCAGAGUUCAAUUCUGGUUGGAUGUACUAAAUGACAUCUAUAAAAAGGAACAGAAUGUUAGCAAUAUUCCUGCCAAUCCUGUUGCAAAGGAAUUGUUCAAGAUAUGUAAAUGUUAUAAUCUACCAAAGAGACACUUAGAGAAACUUGUUCUAUCGAGGAGCAGUUUAUUAAAAUCAAGAUACUUCAGAACAUUAGAGGAUAUUGAAAAAUAUGCUGAUGAUACAGUAUCCUCAAUAUAUCACCUGCUGCUAAUGGUUGCGGGAGUGGCAGAUAUACAUGCUGACCAUGCUGCGUCACACUUGGGAAAAUCACAAGGGCUAACUAACAUACUAAGAUCAGUUCAUGUUUCAAACCAUCACAAAAUGGUAGCACUCCCAAUGGAUAUUCUGGUGAAGAAUAAUGUGAGCCAGGAAGAUGUUUUGAGGGGGAUAGACAGUGAAAAAAUGAGAAAUGUCGCAUUUGAAGUUGCAAGCAGAGCGUAUAGUCAUUUAGAAAAGGCAAGAAAAAUUCAAACACCAAAAACGUCAAAUCAAAUAUUUCUACCAGCAACAGCUGUAGAUUUUUACCUUAACAAACUACAGAAGAAUAAUUUCAAUAUAUUUGACAAAUCAUUGCAUCAAGGCAAUGCAACAUUACCUUUCAAACUAUACUAUAACAGAUUGGUUAAUAAAUAUUAGUUGUUCCAAAAUAAAUUGAUAAUUGUA